AUGACGUGGUUCAAGCCGACAGAUCCAGGAAUCUGCUUUCGAAACAAUUUUCGAGAGUGGGUGCAGAAGUACCGCCUGGUGAUUGUGAAACCACUGGACCAGAAAAGAGUGUGUUUAUAUCUCUACGGCAAGGCACUGAAGUGGAUCCAUCGGGUAAUGUGUAGGCUGUUCCUUUGGUUCUUCAGGGAGACUUUUGACCCUGUUGUCUCUGGAUCGUGUUUCUCCACCCCACCCUUUCAACAUUUAUUCUUUUUGAGUGUCUUUCGUUGUCAAGCCGCCAAAGUGGAGAGUGUGGUUGCAGAGGGGGGCGCUUCUCGUUUCAGUGCUUCUUCGGGAGGAGGAGGAGGAGGUCGGGGUGCAUCUCAGCACUAUCCCACGACUGUCGGCAACAGCGAGCUCCUGGGGAAAACCCCAGGGCCUAGCGUUCAGAGAUGGGUUCCUUCACGAAGCACUAGACGAGAUGCCAACUCCUCAAACGAAAAAGAACACCACGAUGCAAUCUUCAGAAAAGUGAGAUGCAUACUCAAUAAACUGACCCCUGAAAAGUUUGACAAGCUAUGCCUUGAGCUUCUGAAUGUGGGUGUGGAUUCAAAGCUUGUCCUCAAAGGAGUCAUCUUGCUGAUUGUAGACAAAGCCCUCGAAGAGCCCAAGUAUAGCUCGCUAUAUGCUCAGCUAUGUCUGCGUUUGGCAGAGGAUGCUCCGAACUUUGAUAACCAACCAUCUGAAAUCCAGUCAUCACAAAAGCAGAGCACUACUUUCAGGAGACUUCUGAUCUCAAAGCUUCAAGAUGAAUUUGAAAACCGCACCAGAAAUGUUGAUCUUUAUGACAAAAGUGAUGGCCCUCUUACCUCUGAAGAGGAGGAGCAGCGUGCCAUCGCUAAGAUCAAGAUGCUGGGCAACAUCAAGUUCAUUGGGGAGCUUGGCAAGCUCGAUCUCAUUCAUGAGUCUAUCCUUCAUAGGUGCAUCAAAACACUUCUGGAAAAGAAGAAGAGGGUCCAACUUAAAGAUAUGGGGGAGGAUUUGGAGUGCCUCUGUCAGAUAAUGAGGACUGUGGGGCCUAGACUUGAUCAUGAGAAAGCAAAGUCUUUAAUGGAUCAGUACUUUAGCCGCAUGCGAUCCUUAAUGAACAACAAGGACUUGCCUGCAAGGAUUCGUUUCCUGCUGCAAGAUACCUCAGAGUUGCGAGAGAACAACUGGGUGCCUCGGAAAGCUUUCAACGACAACGGACCUAAGACCAUCAACCAGAUCCGUCAGGAUGCAGUGAAGGAUUUGGGUGUGUUUAUUCCAGCUAUGACCCCAGGAAUGAGGACAGACUUCUUUCAAGAUAACCCCUUCUUGCCAGCACGACUAUACAGGGAGGUUCUCGGGGGAUUGGCUGAUAUGUUUGGACAAAUGCCAGGCUGUGGGAUUGGAACUGGACCUGGGGUUAUUCAAGACCGGUAUUCCCCCACCAUGGGGCGCCAUCGCACAAACCCGCUCUUCAAUGGCCACAGUGGCCACAUCGCUCCUGCUCCUCAGACUCAGUUUGACAAACCUUUCAUGAAACCCAAUCAGGUGCAGAAUCCGCUUUUCCAGAACCAGAAUCAGCAGCAAGCUCAGUCCAAGGACCUGCCGCCACGUUUCAGCAAGAAAGGACUUAAUGCUGAUGAGAUUAGCCUGAGACCGGCUCAGUCAUUUCUUCUGAACAAAUCUCAAGUGCCAAAGCUGCAGCCGCAGAUUCCCAACAUGAUUCCUCCCAGCGCUCAGGCUCCACGCACAUCCACUCCACCACUUGGACAGCCUCCACAGCUCGGCCUGAAGUCAAAUCCACCUCCCAUUCAGGAGAAACCUCAGAAGACGACCAAGAAGCCACCUCCUGCCAAAGAGGAGCUGCUCAAGAUGACCGAGACUGUUGCUAAAGAGUAUCUGAGCACCAAGAAAAUCAGCGACGCCGUGAACGGGGUGAGAGAGAUGAGGGCACCUAAACACUUCCUGCCAGAGAUGUUGAGUAAGAUGAUUGUGUGCUCACUGGACAGUUCAGAUGAAGAUAAAGAGCAUGUCAGCAGUCUGUUCCAUGCUCUACGCACCGAGGGCCUCAUCACUGGGGAUAACUUCAUACAGGCUUUCCUUAUCGUUUUGGACCAGUGUCCGACGCUCGAGGGCGACAUUCCCCUGGUGAAGUCCUAUCUGGCACAGUUUGCUGCACGCGCCAUCAUCGCUGACCUCAUGAGCAUCACAGACUUGGCCCAUCCUCUAGAGAACGGUAUACACUUCCCUCUCUUCUUGCUUUGCCUGCAACAAACGGCCAAGCUAAAGGAUAAGGAGUGGCUCACUGACCUGUUCCAGCAGAGCAAGGUCAACAUGCAGAAGAUGCUGCCAGAAAUUGACCAAAACAAAGACCGUAUGUUGGAGAUUUUGGAGGGGAAGGGUCUCAGCUUCCUGUUCCCGCUCAUGAAACUGGAAAAGGAGCUGCUGAAGCAGAUCAAAGCAGACCCAGCACCCCAGACCAUCUACAAGUGGAUUAAAGACAACAUCUCACUCAAACUUCACACCGAUAAGGGGUUCGUCAACAUUCUGAUGACCAGCUUUUUGCAGUACAUUUUCCACGAGGUGUUUUUGAACGAAACCGACGAGCAGCUGUCCUCGCCUUCGAAAGAACAGCUGGACCAGGAGAAACAGCUGCUGUUCGCUUUCAAACCAGUGAUGCACAAGUUCCUGCACGAUCACGUGGAGCUGCAGGUCAGCGCUCUGUACGCGCUGCAAGUGCACUGCAAUGCCAAGGCUUUCCCCAAAGGAAUGUUGCUGCGCUACUUUGUCAACUUUUACGAUAUGGAAAUAAUUGAAGAAGAAGCCUUCCUUGCAUGGAAAGAAGAUAUUAGUCAAGAGUUUCCUGGCAAAGGGAAAGCGUUGUUCCAGGUGAACCAGUGGUUGACCUGGUUGGAGACAGCUGAGGAAGAAGAGUCUGAAGAAGAGGCUGACUGACAAACCAGCCAAAGCCUUAAGGGUCUAAUUUAACAUCAUGCUUUGUGCCCGCUCCAUUUCUACUCCCUCUCGAACCCAAUGUCGUCACUCAUACUGUGUUGGUUGGUUUGUUUUUGUUUUUCUUCUUUUUUCCCCCCUUUUUUACAAACCUUUUUCUUCAUUCCCCGCAUUCCACACCACAGUUCGAUCCCUACACCUUCACCAUUAAUGCACACUAUGGUUUACUACAAACACCUAGGAAAUGGUAUUAGUGCCACGAUUGUGCUCGCUUUUUGUUUUUUUCUUUUUUCUUUUCUUUUGCUUUCGAAGACCAUGUAUUCGCGAAAGCCUUGUUUCCUGCUGCUGUAACACAACACAAGCACAGAAAUGCACUUUGUGCUCAGUGUCAUGAGCCGUUGCAAUAUACGCUCCCUCGAUUGUUACAAAGAUCCCUCGACUGUAAUCGUCGCGACUAAGGUAUUAUGCCGGCAGUUCGUUUCUACCUCUUUAGCCAUGGGUUUAGAGCGCUGAGUCGAAUCAAAUCCCACCUUCAAACAGGCAGAUAUCUCCAACCUUUACAUGGUGCUCGAGUCUGGGUCGGAAAAAAUAAACAAGCCUGUUAAACAUGGUUUAAUCGCUAAGGAAAGCCAUGUGGAAGAAGAGUUCAACAGCCUUCUCUCUCUCCUGCUUUUUUUUUUUUUUUUUAUUCCCCUAAAUCAUCCCAUGUUUUUUUUUUCCCCUUCAUUAUUCACCAAACUUUGAUACUUGAAAGUUUUUUUUUUUUUUGUUUAUUUGUUUUUGUUUUUUUCUCUCCCUCUUCUUCUUUACAGCAUGUUCAGGGAUUUACCAAACUUGGCCUGUUUUCAGAUUGCAGAUGCAGCAACCAUUGGAUCGACAUGUAACCGUACAUUUUUAGACUUAAACGAAAAACUUUUUAAUUCGUGAAAUAAAGAUAAAAUGAAAUUGAACUGAUGUCAACUUUAAGAACCACUCAGCUUACGAAAACCUAAGUCCGUUUUCCAUAAUAUCUUAUAGAUAUUUAUUGAACUCUAUCAUGAAAAAAAAAACGACUGAUGCUUUAUCUAUAGGUAGAACAAUAAAAACGGAUGCACACGUGGUAUACGUCUGUACAAUGAAUUACUUGCUAUUUAAAGUGUUACUGUAAGAUGUAAGAGCUCUGAAUGUUCUGUGUACCACUCACUUAACUUUCAAUAAAGUUACACACCAGG